AUGUCUUUUCUUCUUUCCAAUCUAUCUCCUUCAAUACUUCUCCAAACCGGAAAAUCCACAAACCUCAGACCCAUCUUCACUCCAUCUCAAUCCCCAUCGUCUUCAACAGGCUACGUAUUCGAUGAAAAUAAUCUCCCCACACUCUCUCUUUCUUCCGUCCAGUCUCCUCCUCUUCAAGACGCCCAGGUCAAGACAAAACCCACUCCUCAAGACAAGCAUAAUAACCACAACGACAGAGAUGAAUUCUACAUCAAUCUCGGUCUCGCUGUCCGUACCCUUCGUGAAGACUUGCCUUUGAUCUUCGCUAAAGAUCUAAACUACGACAUCUACAGGGACGAUGUCACGUUUGUGGAUCCGAUGAACACAUUCAGUGGGAUUGAGAACUACAAGUUAAUCUUCUGGGCAUUCAGGUUUCAUGGGAAGAUACUGUUCAGAGACAUCUCUCUUGAGAUCUUCAGGGUAUGGCAACCAUCAGAGAACAUGAUUCUAAUCAGGUGGACGCUCAAAGGUGUGCCUAGAGUUCCAUGGGAAGCUAAAGGAGAGUUUCAAGGCACUUCUCGGUAUAAACUCGACCGUAAUGGCAAAAUCUAUGAGCAUAAAGUCGAUAACUUGGCUUUCAAUUUCCCUCAUCAGCUCAAACCUGCAGUGUCGGUUUUGGAUUUGGUGACUGCUUCUGCAAGUAGUCCCAAUCCAACGUUCUUUUCCGGUCCUGUUGACUCGUGUUCAUCUUCGUGGAUUGAGUUCUAUCAAGCUGUGAGACGUACAGUGGACGAGACACAGGAUUUGCUUGUGACAGAUGGUUUAAUCGCAUGCUCAUAG